AUGAAAGAAAAAGAGCUGGGGAAUAAAGAUCUUGAAAAGCUGAAGGCAGAGCUGAAGCAAGACAGAGAGGAUCUGAACAGAAUGACUGAGCUGUUGAACAAAGAGAAAGUGCACUUGGACCAGAUGAGGUCUGACAUCCAGAGACAAACUGACGUAUUAGAACAAGAGAAACAAGACAUAAAAGUGGCAAGAGACAAGUUGGAAAUCACAAAGACUGAGCUGCAAAAGAAGAAGGAAAAUGCAGUCAGUCUGUUUGACGAGAUAAACAGAGAGAAAACCCACGUGAAAAAUCUGACUCUUCGGGUUCGGAGAGAACGAGAUGAACUCGAAAAUGUCAUGAACAUGAUUACCUUCAGACAAAAAGAGCAAGAGCUCAAGGAAGACGACAUCAAAAGACAAACACAAGAACUGGAGACCAGUAAGAACAGUGUACUGGCAGAAAGAGAAGAACUGGAACUUUUGAGGAAGGACCUCAACAAGAAAGUAGAAGAGGUGGAAUCAGCCACAAACAGCAUGAGUGGAGAGCGAGAACAACU